CGGCUAGCGACCGACUAGCAGCAUAUAGCAGUAGUUGGAGUUUUUCGCCCGUAGCCUACUGCGGUUUGCUGGUGAGUGCGUCGUACGAAAAUCGCGAGCUCGGAUCGCGUCGUUUCAUUUUCCUAGCCAGUUCAACCAACAAGUUUGUCGUUCGAUAUUGGGCGUUAAUCUCUGCGGGAAGAUUGAAGCAAAGUGUUCUCCGGUACGCCCCAGAGCUGGUGAUUACGGAAAAGCGACCGACCGCACCGAAAUCGCACUGUGAGGAAGUGAUAAUACAUUGGAAGAAGAGCAAAUUUUUAUCGAUCGAUUUCUCCGCUGCUUUUGCUGCCGCUGACGUGAAUCUGUCAACGUUUGGAUGAAAGAAUAAAAAACGGGAGGGGUUCAGUGGAUACGUUUUCGGUAGAUUUCCUCUGAUUUCGAUAAAGUUUUUUAUCUGCUGGUAAGAAACAGUGAUAGUGCGCGGAAGGCGAACCGUGGGAAAGAUCAAGUGAUUUAUCUAGCAGGAAAGCAUAUUUUCCAAGGAAAUGAUAGAUUACUGUCUGCUUCGUGAGACGAGAACUUAAGUAUUUGAAAAAAGUAUUUUGCUUAGCAACGGGAGGAACCGGUGGACGAAGGAGCUCAUCGACUGCAUAGUCCCCAGCAGGAAGCUUAUUCGACGGUGAAACCCUACGACGACGAACGACGGAUCCGAACCAAGCGAGAGACUGAUAUCUAGCAGCGAUCCAGGAAUAUGACGAGUCACUAUGCUCCACCGGAAACGUAGUCCAUCCGAAGAGACUGCGCUGAAAACCAAAGUCCUGCUCGAGGAAUUCCAUGCGUAAUCGGUGAUAGAUAGAAUGGGAAGCUAGAUUUUAAGUUCAUAGUGGAUAGAACUGACAAGUGAUACCAGGCAAAAUCUCAGAGAAGCUGCUCCCUGUAAGAUUCAGUUAAGUCUAGCGAGUGUGAGAAUAACGCAACGUCUGUUAUCGAAUAACAAAAAAAAAUUAAAAUGCUGAACUCCAUCUCCAAGCAUCUGCUGCAUUGUGCGUUGCUCGUCACGUUGCUAGUCGUGUUCGAAGUAUUCUCCGGCGGUAUUAAAGUCAACGAGAACAGUUUCGUUUCGAUCGAUCCAUGGGAGGAAUAUGGCACAAUACCGACGCUCCUGCUCUACACACUGCGAUUGCUUACGUUCCUCACGCUGCCACAGGUAUUGUUCAACUUCUUCGGACUGGUGUUCUAUAAUGCCUUCCCGGAGAAGGUGGUGCUGAAAGGGUCACCACUGCUAGCACCCUUCAUCUGUAUUAGGGUAGUGACACGAGGUGACUACCCGGAUCUAGUCAAAUCUAAUGUUACGCGUAACAUGAAUACCUGUCUAGACACGGGCCUGGAGAAUUUCCUCAUCGAAGUUGUUACCGAUAAGGCCGUCAACAUGCCCAAACAUCGGCGAACGCGGGAAAUCGUUGUCCCGAAGGAUUACAAAACCAAAACCGGCGCAAUGUUUAAAUCGCGCGCCCUACAGUACUGCCUGGAAGACUCGGUGAACGUACUUAACAAUAACGAUUGGGUGGUACAUCUGGACGAGGAAACACUGCUGACGGAAAAUAGCGUGCGUGGAAUCAUUAAUUUUGUGCUGGAUGGGAAGCACCCGUUCGGGCAGGGAUUGAUUACGUACGCGAACGAGAAUGUGGUCAACUGGCUGACGACACUGGCGGAUAGUUUUCGCGUAUCGGAUGAUAUGGGAAAGCUGCGGUUGCAGUUUAAAAUGUUCCAUAAACCAUUCUUCAGCUGGAAGGGAAGCUACGUGGUUACUCAGGUCCACGCCGAGAAGGAGGUUUCGUUCGACAACGGCAUCGACGGAUCGGUCGCCGAGGAUUGUUUCUUCGCGAUGCGUGCCUUCGCCAAGGGUUACACUUUCAACUUCAUCGAGGGCGAAAUGUACGAGAAAUCCCCGUUUACGCUGUUGGACUUUUUGCAGCAGCGAAAGCGUUGGCUCCAGGGUAUCCUGCUGGUCGUUCACUCGAACACGAUCCCGAUGCGGAACAAGUUGCUGCUCAGUAUCAGUGUGUACUCCUGGGUCACGAUGCCGCUGUCCACCUCGAACAUGAUCUUCGCCGGGCUGUACCCGAUACCGUGCCCGAAUGCGGUGGACUUUCUGUGUGCGUUCAUUGCCGGGUUCAAUAUCUACAUGUAUGUGUUCGGAGUGAUCAAAUCGUUUUCGCUGUACCGGUUCGGGGUGGUCAAGUUUCUGGCCUGCGUACUGGGGGCUCUGUGUACCAUUCCUAUAAAUGUGAUCAUUGAGAAUGUGGCCGUGAUCUGGGGCCUUGUCGGGAAGAAGCACAAGUUUUACGUGGUGCAAAAGGAUGUUCGGGCACUGGUGACAGUUUAACGGGGCUCGGACCGUUCGGUUUGCUGGUCGCAACCCGUAUUUCUGGUCAGGUUUUAGGAAAGGCUGCGGCCGACGAACUUCUUUAUACACUAUCUGACGAUAGGCUUUAGCUGUAUUAUUAUUACUAGGAUUAGUUUUUUUUCCGAUGAGAGGUAAGCUUAGAGGGUUAGCUGUUGUUAUCAUGUGUAUAUUUGAUAGGGAUCAGUUUUUUUUCUGAAUAAUCAGGAAAAGUCGAAUUUUGCGUAUCUUUUUUGCGGAUCAUCCUCAUGGAAAACGACAAGUAUAUGUUAUACGUGCGACUGAGUUUUCGUUUUUCAUUUAAAUUUUCAUUUGUUUAAAACAUUAGGUUAUCGAAUGUGUGGGCGAAUGCGAUGCAUGUAAAGAUACACAGUUUAUUGAGAUUUUCA